AUGGCGGCGGGCGCGGGGCUGGCGCUGGGCGCGGGCGCGGGCGCGGGCGCGGGGCCGGAGCCCGGGUCGCGCAACGCCUGCUCGCUGGGCCGUAUGGCCGUGUUCCGCGCGCGCCCGCCCGCCGCCCUCGCCGAGCGCAAGAAGGCCAAGCGCGACAAGGAGCAGCAGCAGCAACAGCAGCAGCAGCAGCAGAUGAAGGAGAGCGGCCGCGCGCCCGCCGAAUCACUCGUUGGAUUUCUGGAAGAUGAUAAUAUGGAAGAUAUUCAGCUGGACGUGCCUCAAAAUGGAAUAGAAAACUCAAGUUCUCAUGCCCAGAUGUCUCGAAAACCAGAGAAAAAGACGGAAGAUAGAGAUGUCAAUUUGAACAAAACCCAAGCAGAUGUUCACAAGGAAGAGAGUGACUAAUUAAACAAUAAUAUUUAAUCUGAGCUUGCCCCUAUCAUGCAUUGAAUAAGCAUUGUCAGAGCAAAUGCUGUUUUUUAAUCACUCUUUUGGGCAGAUAUACUAAAGAUGAUAGUUCAAGGGAAGAAAAGUAUAUGAAGAGAACAUCAAAUCAUUUUCUGAAGCAUUAUCUAAGUCUGUAGCACUGUCUCACAAUUAUAUACUGUGAGAACAGCUGUUGUUGUGAGAAUUCAGUUGGUACAUAAUUAUUUCUAUUAUGUAAAAAGAAGAGUAUGCAAGAGCAAAUGAAGGUAUUCACAAGACAGUGAAAGUUGGCAAAGUUGUUUGCACUAUAUGGUGUUUCUUGAUCUCUCUUAAGAAUAAAAAACAAUCAUGUUACAGAGAUCCCUACUAUUUUCUUUCUUUUUAAUUUUUAUGUAAUAUAUAUAAUAUUUUUGGGAAAGAACUUACACUAGUUUGAAAAAUUUGGAAAUAUAUAUAUUUGAUAUCUCAUAAGGUAUUGAGUGCCUUGAAUAUUUCC